AUUCAAGGCUGGUAUUCAAACAUGUGGACGACCUUGGACUGCUGCUUAGCAGAGUUGAGGUUAUGACACAACACUGAGGUGUCAAAGACCACUACAUACAUGUAGCAAAUAUUAUACAACUAGCUCUUUUGACGAUUUCAAAUGCCCAUUUCUGAUUCUACAUUUUGUGUCAAUUCCCAACACAAACUUUUAACUGUUUACACAGACUCAGCUCCAAAUUCCUUGUCAGAACUUAAUUGUCCUAAUGUAUUAGACUCACUUGGUACAUUUGAUCAUGAAGGUACAAGUAACCGCACCUCUAAUGCAGAAGCCGUUGGUAAUUCUUUCGUCACUUUUGAGGUUUCUGAAACCGAAACAUGUGCAAGCAAUUUUUCAGACGACUGCCAAACGGCUCCAGAAUACUCGUUGCAUACUGAAGUUUACGUACCAGCAACUUUCCCCAGUACACUGUGUCGUUAUACAAAUCAAACAAACACCGAUAGUUAUGGAGAUAUUGUUUCUCAGAAUUUGAUGUGGCUAGCUGAGGAAGCUGUACACGCGCCUCUUGAUGUUAUGACGGAACUUCCUCAGGAUACAAAUCUCAUGUCUGAUGUACACCCGAAUUAUAAGGCAGAUAGUACUUUAGAAAGGCAUUUCUAUGUUACCCUUCCACCUCAUUCAGAAAUCUCCGGAGCCUCACAACCAUUUUACAGUCUCCAGGACGAAAGCACUACUAAUAAUGGACGUUCUGAGCAGAUCCAUAUGUGUGUUGAUAGCACAGCCCAAACUUUCUCAUCAGAGUUGGAAGUAACUUCAGAUUUAGUUCGCGUAAGUGGUUUCACCAGUGAAUCGAAAGACAACAUAAUAUCGUGGCCUAACUCCUCUAGUGAAAGUUAUUUCUAUAAUUCUCACUACUUCAAAGGUGUUCCAAAUUUUUCCAUGAACUCAUCUCUAUGUAUACAUACUAUGGAACCACGUGAAGCCAGUGGAGAGAAUUACGUUAAUGGUUUUACCGUAUACCAAGGCCCUUCAAGCUCCAAUGAACUACUUGAUCAGACUUUUGAAUAUCCAGUCUGUGAUUUCUUUCCCACAGAUGGUCAUAAUUAUAAUUCUUACGACCAUUCUAAACCAUCUUAUUAUAAUUCCUUUUCCGAAGGAUUUAGUAGCGCCGUAAUUUAUCCAGAUUGGGAUCCAAACAGUUACGAAAGUGAACAACAUGAUUGCUACAGUGAAAGUAUAUUCAUCUCCAGCUUUCCGGACUCGUUGGUAACACAAGAUAAUGCUUAUGUUUCCACAUAUUUAAUUCCUAAUCAAAACUGCGAUUCUCGUUUAAAACAGUCAAACAGCUACCCGGAUGCUACGGUACACGUUCCUUUCUGUACAGCAUAUGAAACGAAUGCAAAUAGUUUUCAAUCCAAUAACUCAGUCCAGUGUACACAUGCAUUUGAAUUGCCUUCGGCAACAUUUUUGACCGAUACAGAUCAGCAAUCAACAUGUAAUGUUUCUUCUGUAUACACACCAGCCGUAGUUUACCCUUGCAGUAAUACGAAGUCGGAAUCACUUCCUAACAAUACAGAGUAUUCAUCUGUGGGAAACGUCCCAGCCAAGUGUGUACCUGUGAUUCCCCCUAUCAUUUCUGAGAAUAAUAACACAGUCUCCAGAAAAUCGAAGUGGAUUUGUACUCAUUGUUCUUUGAGUUUUACACGUCCAAGUCACUUGGUAGAUCAUUUGCGUAUUCACACCGGUGAAAGACCUUACAAGUGUAUUUUAUGUGGACGUCAAUUCACUCAAGCCUCUAACCUUCGCCGACAUCUUUCAAGUCACAGAGCCUGGCCACCAGUAUCAUCUGUAACUACUACUGCAUCCAAUGGGCACCAUGAUUCCGAAAUGGUUCCAAAAAACACUGAAGUAGUAACUAACUCUACUUCAUGUCGCCAUGUGUCUCCCAAAAUUUGGAUCUGUCGAUUUUGUGAUCAACGAUUUGAAACAUACAUACAACUUCGGGCUCAUAUAGUACAUCAUAAAGACAAGCAGGUUUAUGCAUGUGUAUUUUCCGAUUGUAACUCCUCUUUUUCAUCACCAAACGGUCUAUUAAAUCAUUUGCUGGAAAAACAUCGAGUUAAUAGGAGUGACAAACUUGCAUGUCAAACUUGCGACCAAAAAUUUCACGAUUUCUUGCAUCUUGUUCGACACUUGUUACCUCGACGUAAUGGAUCUAACUCCGGUUGUCCCCUGCUGUAUAUUGGAUCGAGAAAAAAGGAAAGUAAAUUAUCGAAGAGGAAUCGUAAAGUUAUUUCGCACCAUAAGUCUACUAGUGCACAGGAUGGAGAACGAAGUUCAAAGUCGUCAACUGAAUACUCCAGUACUGCUAAUUAUUCGGAUCCGACAUUCCGUCUACUUCCUUUACAAAAAUUCAAAAAAGACGAUUCAUUAUUUGGAUUCAAGUGCCCGUUUUGUGUGAAAAUUUGCAAAAGUCUUAAACAUAUCCAUACCCAUUUGUCUGAAACACAUUCAAGUCUAAUGAAUCCUUCAGUAUUCAAAUCUACCUUGUCCAAAAAAACUGCGAAUGAUGACACUAUUAAUGCUGUUUCCUUGCUGCAUAAUACAGAUUCGUCUUUCAGUGGUGGUGACUCUUCUAAAACAGCCUUAUUUCUUCUUCAACUAGAGAAGUGUAUGCUAUCGCAUGGAAAUCACAUAGAAUCUAACAAGAAUGCUUCACCUAAAAUAUUUGUAUGUAAAUUUUGUGGCAAAAGCUUUCAAAAACAAAAGUUUUUCAGUGACCACGAGUUGAUGUGUCAACAGUCAAUUCAAGAACGAGCACGUCGAAUUCGUCUUAGAGCCAAUAAACGACAGAAGUUUUUCGUUUCACAGAAAAUCAAUACUGAAUUGGAUAUGAAUUUAUGCACUGAUAUUACUCCUUCAAAUCAAGAUUUCGUCCUUUUUAAUUCAGGGGAUUCAGUUCCAGCGCUUAGAAGAUCUACACGUAAUAGAAGAUUUCAUACAUUUUGGAAACCUAAACUAACUCGUCGAAAGCGUAAUUUUGAAUCCAUCUGCUGAUUUAAUAUAAACAGGCUCAGUUCUAAAAUAGAUUUUCAGUUUCCUAUUUCAAUCCUCAUAUGCCGCGUUUAAGUGUUCAAGCGAGUUCAGCACUUCAAUUCGAUAUUUUAUUUGAAUGUUCUCAAACUCGUGCGCGAUGCUGUAAUCUUUGGUUACCACAUUGUCCUGGUGGACCAGUAGAAACUCCAGUUUUCAUGCCGGUCGGUACACAAGGUGCUAUGAAGGGUAUCACUGUAGGUCAGUUAGAACAGUUGGAUUGUCGGAUUUUACUUGGAAAUACUUAUCAUUUAGGGCAUCGCCCAGGACCAGAAGUUCUCAGAAAGGUAUGAUUUUAUAAAUUUUCCAACUUGAUUUUCCAUUAUUUGAUAUUCAUCUUGAUGUUAUUUUCAAUGCUUAAUAUAAUCAGUUACAGCCAUUUGGAUUAAUGUUUAAUGAUACAGGUUGACACAUACCACUCCUAUGGAUAGAGAUAAGAAAUUAACAAGAUAAAGUGAAGAGGAAAUAAUUAUAUCUAAUUAGGUGGAAGUUUGGAGAUUUAAGUGCUUUGUUCGAAAGGAACAAAUAAAAUGGAAGAAUCUAAAUUACACAAUAACAACUAAGAUUAAAAUAUAGAGGAGGGUAAAGAAUGACUGCAACCACAUCAUUUUAACCAGUCUUGGUCCAUAUCACAUCUUUAACCGUAGAUUAUAACAAUUAAAUAAACCUCAACUAGAAAUCCCAAGUCUCCUUAUAUGAAUCAGAUCGGGAGUCACUGAUUAUGGAGGCUGAUGACCUUUCUCCUUUCGGAUGGCUCCUAGAUCCGCCAGCAUUGUGGGUCAUGGUAAGCGGUGGUCAGGGCAUAACACUAAGUUCAGUAGCAAAACGGACACUAUCCACCUUAUAUAGUAGUUUUACUGGCACAUCAAGGUUAGACUUUUUGUGCCAUGGCGUUUCAUGUUACAUUAUAUGUGCUAUGACUGAACCGUCAACUGAUAAAAUGUUUCAAUUGCUAUUGGUCGAUGAUUACUAGACUGAGCCAGUCAAUUAGGUGUUUGCCUUACUAGACCGAGUCAUGUAUUCUAAAUACAUGCGUAUCGAAGAUGAAAUCAUUGACUUACUGGUAUCUUGGUCUCAUGAAGCUGUCAUUUAUGCACAAAAUAUACAACCAAGAUAGUAUAACCAAAAUAAUACAUUAAUCAAUCAAAUAUAGAAGCUAUUUUCACAUAAAAAACCCAACAAUUUUGCAUUAUCCCUAUCGGAUCAAUAUCUACUUUAAGUAAAUUGAUUUAUUUCUGAGUGCUUAACCUUGCAAUUGAUGAUUUCAAUGUAGAUAUCUUUAGCUUACUAUUGCAUGGUGGUGUCAUCAAUUUUUUCCUUCCAUUUCUAUAUUUUCCUGGUUUUGUUUUGCAUAUUUGAUCCCGACAUCUGGUUUUAAUUUUAGGCUGGUGGGCUUCAUAAGUUUAUGUCUUGGCCUCGUGCCAUCCUUACAGAUUCAGGAGGUUUCCAAAUGGUUUCACUAAACAAAUUGUCCGAAGUUACUGAGGAAGGCGUCCGAUUUACUUCUCCACAUAAUCAUACUGAAAUGCUCUUAACUCCCGAAGAGUCUGUUGGAAAUUUUCAAAACGCACUGGGUUCAGAUAUUGUUAUGCAGUUGGAUCACGUCGUGCAUGUGCUAACAGAUGACAAAUCUAUGAAAAAAGCAAUGGAAAGAUCUGUCCGUUGGUUAGAUAGAAGUAUUACUGCCCAUAAAAGUCAGGAAAGUAAUCAGAAUUUAUUUGCUAUAACUCAAGGUGGUUUGGACCCGUCAAUGAGAAUUGAUUGCAUUAAUGAAAUGUUGAAACGUAAAGAUAAAGUCAGCAAUACUUUAUUUAAUAACGUAUUACAUUAGAUUGUUAAUUAAUUAAUCACGUUUUAUAAUAACAAAACUAGUUUUGUAAGUGAACUGAAUAACUACCAAAAUAGUUGAGAUUCAAAAAACAAAACAAAAUAACUUAUUGAAAGUAUAGGGUAUAAAGUGCUUGAAUCCAUCCUGAGCUUUUUCUAAUCAGGAAGACAACUAUGCGAAUUACGGGAAUGCAGUUCCCUUUUUCAAACUGACUGAAAUGUUGACAUAAAAAUAUCUAAUUGUUGGUAAGUAGUUGGGCCUAUGUUCCAUUCAUCUUGUUUAAUGAACAUGUCCAAAAAUUCCAUAGUCAUCGAUCAGUCAUAUAUGAUGAAAUCAACUGGUUCAAUUAAUUUUAUGAGCAAAGAAAACUUAUCACAUGAGUUUGGUUUUUGUUUUGUAUUUAUUGGUCAUUUGGAUAUUGAACCAUUCAACAUAUUUAAGUGUAUUUCAACAUAAAUAGUAUCUUAGCUUUCAUUGAAUUUUUUUUAUUUCUUUAUAGUUGGCUGGAUUCGCUAUUGGUGGUCUUAGUGGUGGCGAAUCAAAAGAUAAUUUUUGGCGUAUUAUUAAGCUAUCAACAGAGCAUCUACCUCUUGAUCGUCCUCGAUAUGUCAUGGGAGUUGGGUUCCCUAUUGAUCUUGUUGUAUGUAUAGCAUUAGGAUGUGAUAUGUUUGAUUGUGUUUAUCCUACAAGAACCGGUCGAUUUGGUAACGCUCUUGUUCCUUGGGGUCAGGUAAAAUGGUUGAUUGCUUUUCCUCUUGGACUACUAAGUGUUAUAUUUUGUCAUGAAAUAAAAGUUCAUUCCAUAACUAACAUAAAUUGUCUAUUGGUUUUUCUUUAAAACUUUGAAUCAUCAUAUCUUUCAAAUAAAGCUAUUCCAUAUUAUUUUGAUUUGCGGGAUAGUAUAUCUAGUAAAAUCUAAAUGGCUAUCAGAAACGGUUAAUACAGUAAUGCACCACCUUCCUCCCAUAAUUCUGUACAGGAUGGUAAGUGGUAAAUCCAAUAGAAUAUGAUAAAACCCUAUAGCAGUAUUGGAUUGAGAUUUUUCCCGUUUGAAAAUAAAUAUAAUACCUCUGAUUUUCUAAAAUACUGGAAACAUCACCUUGUUUUUCUGUUCUCUGUUUUUAGUUAAAUCUUCGUCAAGCCAAAUAUGCAACUGAUUUUCGUCCUAUCGAUGAAAAUUGUUCUUGUCCUACAUGCUCUCGUCCUUUAUCUCGAGCUUGGUUACAUUCAGCACUAUCUGGUCGACAAGUUAGUUCUUCUGCAAUUAUUAGUCUGCAUAACUUAGCUUAUAUGUUGGGUCUCAUGAAACAAAUAAGAGAAGCGAUAAGUGCCAAUACUUUCCCUGAGUUUGUUCAUUCCUUCUUCGAACGUCGCUGUUAUAAAGGUAAAGAAGACGAAAGCCGAAGUGAAUAUGAAGGUUAUCGUCCUCCAACGUGGGCAUGUGAUGCUCUCAAAAGUGUUGGUAUAGAUAUAUCUGAUAUUGGACGAAAUCUAAAUGGUGUAAACUGUCAUAAAAAUGUUAAUGACGAAAUAGAAAGUAAACGAUCACGAAACAGUUCUCUUAAUUAUGAAUCUAUUGAAAGUUUCAAUUAAAAAAAUAAAUAUUUUCGAUAU